GAAGCCGCAUCCCAACUCAGUGCUCGACUGCAACUCUCAUUUAGUAGACGUAUUCCUUUCCGGUGCGCCUCCCAAAUCAAUUAAAAUCAAAGCAGCAACAUGUUUGCCACCAUCAACGAAGAUGUGUUCCGUUCGUACGUUUUCUGGUCCUCCAUCUUGGUGCUGAAAAUGCUGGUAAUGUCCGUGCUUACCGGAAUGCAGCGCUUCCGUAAGAAGGCAUUCGUCAACCCGGAGGACAUUGCAACCAUGCCCAAGCUGAAGUUGAAAACAGAUGAUCCAGACGUAGAACGUGUUCGAAGAGCACAUCUGAACGAUCUGGAGAACAUCCUCCCGUUCUUCGUCAUUGGCUUCUUCUACAUGCUAACCAAUCCUGAUGCCUUCAUCGCUUCCACCAUAUUCCGUGCCGUUGCCGUGGCCCGUAUCGCACACACUCUGGUCUACGCUGUCGUAGUUAUUCCGCAGCCGGCUCGAGCCAUCGCCUGGAUGGUACCAUACGUUGCCAGUAUCUAUAUGGCCACCAAAACAAUUCUUCACUUCUGGUAAGAGGGCAUGCUUGUCUGUAUGAGCCAUCGGGACACUGGGUGUCAUCACAAAGUGGUGUUUCAUAAUAGUGUUAGUUAUAUCAUAAGUUGAGUUUUUAUGUCAUGUGCAUCAGCAUAUCAAACAUGUGUUUAUUGGCAUAAAAACUGGUUUCUCGUUA